CACCACGUUCUGCGCUUUUCCGAAUUGGACAGAUGAGCAACGUGGAGCUGGAUGAUGAGCUGCUGGACCCGGAUAUGGACCCUCCGCAUCCCUUCCCCAAGGAGAUCCCGCACAACGAGAAGCUCCUGUCCCUCAAGUAUGAGAGCCUGGACUACGACAACAGUGAGAACCAGCUGUUCCUGGAGGAGGAGCGGCGGAUCAACCACGCGGCCUUCCGGACGGUGGAGAUCAAGCGCUGGGUCAUCUGCGCCCUCAUCGGGAUCCUCACGGGCCUUGUGGCCUGCUUCAUCGACAUCGUGGUGGAGAACCUGGCCGGCCUGAAGUACAGGGUCAUCAAGGGCAAUAUUGAUAAGUUCACGGAGAAGGGCGGGCUGUCCUUCUCCCUGUUGCUGUGGGCCACGCUGAAUGCCGCCUUCGUGCUCGUGGGCUCCGUGAUUGUGGCUUUCAUAGAGCCAGUGGCAGCCGGCAGUGGAAUCCCGCAGAUCAAGUGCUUCCUCAACGGGGUGAAGAUCCCCCACGUGGUGCGGCUCAAGACGCUAGUGAUCAAAGUGUCCGGUGUGAUCCUGUCCGUGGUCGGGGGCCUGGCCGUGGGAAAGGAAGGGCCGAUGAUCCACUCAGGCUCGGUGAUUGCUGCUGGGAUCUCUCAAGGAAGGUCAACGUCACUCAAAAGAGAUUUCAAGAUCUUCGAGUACUUCCGCAGAGACACAGAGAAGCGGGACUUCGUUUCCGCAGGGGCCGCAGCCGGAGUGUCAGCGGCGUUUGGAGCCCCCGUGGGUGGGGUCCUGUUCAGCCUGGAGGAGGGCGCAUCAUUCUGGAACCAGUUCCUGACAUGGAGAAUCUUCUUUGCUUCCAUGAUCUCCACGUUCACCCUGAAUUUUGUUCUGAGCAUUUACCACGGGAACAUGUGGGACCUGUCCAGCCCGGGCCUCAUCAACUUCGGAAGAUUUGACUCGGAGAAAAUGGCCUACACCAUCCACGAGAUCCCUGUCUUCAUCGCCAUGGGCGUGGUAGGCGGUGUGCUCGGAGCUGUGUUCAACGCCUUGAACUACUGGCUGACCAUGUUUCGAAUCAGGUACAUCCACCGGCCCUGCCUGCAGGUGAUCGAGGCCAUGCUGGUGGCCGCCGUCACGGCCACGGUCGCCUUUGUGCUGAUUUACUCGUCUCGGGAUUGCCAGCCCCUGCAGGGGAGCUCCAUGUCCUACCCGCUGCAGCUCUUCUGUGCAGAUGGCGAGUACAACUCCAUGGCUGCGGCCUUCUUCAACACCCCGGAGAAGAGCGUGGUGAGCCUCUUCCACGACCCGCCAGGCUCCUACAACCCCCUGACCCUCGGCCUGUUCACACUGGUCUACUUCUUCCUGGCCUGCUGGACCUACGGGCUCACAGUGUCUGCUGGGGUCUUCAUCCCAUCCCUGCUCAUCGGGGCCGCCUGGGGCCGGCUCUUUGGCAUCUCCCUGUCGUACCUCACGGGGGCAGCGAUCUGGGCAGACCCCGGGAAAUACGCCCUGAUGGGAGCUGCUGCUCAGCUGGGUGGGAUCGUGCGGAUGACCCUGAGCCUGACGGUCAUCAUGAUGGAGGCCACCAGCAACGUGACCUACGGCUUCCCCAUCAUGCUGGUGCUCAUGACUGCCAAGAUCGUGGGUGACGUCUUCAUCGAGGGCCUGUACGACAUGCACAUUCAGCUGCAGAGCGUGCCCUUCCUGCACUGGGAGGCCCCGGUCACCUCGCACUCGCUCACUGCCAGGGAGGUGAUGAGCACACCGGUGACCUGCCUGAGGCGGCGUGAGAAGGUCGGCGUCAUCGUGGACGUGCUGAGCGACACGGCGUCCAAUCACAAUGGCUUCCCCGUGGUGGAGCAUGCAGAUGACAGCCAGCCGGCUCGGCUCCAGGGCCUGAUCCUGCGCUCGCAGCUCAUCGUCCUCCUCAAGCACAAGGUGUUUGUCGAGCGCUCCAACAUGGGCCUGGUGCAGCGGCGCCUGAGGCUGAAGGACUUCCGCGAUGCCUACCCGCGCUUCCCGCCCAUCCAGUCCAUCCACGUGUCCCAGGACGAGCGGGAGUGCACCAUGGACCUCUCCGAGUUCAUGAACCCCUCCCCCUACACAGUGCCCCAGGAGGCGUCGCUCCCGCGUGUGUUCAAGCUAUUCCGGGCCCUGGGCCUGCGGCACUUGGUGGUGGUGGACAACCGCAAUCAGGUUGUUGGGCUGGUGACCAGGAAGGACCUCGCCAGGUACCGCCUGGGGAAGGGAGGCUUGGAGGAGCUCUCGCUGGCCCAGACGUGAGGCCCAGCCCUGCCCAUGUGGGCACCAGCGCUGGCACCCUGGGCCCCUUCGCACCUCCUCCCGGAGUCACUGCUCUCUCGGCCCAUACCACGCUCCCCAGCAGCGGCAAUGGCGCACACCCUGCAGUUGGGCCGGGGGCGGCAGGCCUGGGACGGACUCUCGUGGGACUGACCCUGUUGUGGUUUCCACCCUUGGCGCCUCCCUGCGCAGGCCCAGCCGCCACCCUCGUCGCCUAGGUUCCUUCGCCUCUAGGGAUCAGCUGUGUGUGUGUGUGGCCCCCUUCGUGGCUCUCGGCCUCGGGAGCCAGCAGCAGGGCAUGAGACAGAGCCCUCAACCUCGCUGCUGUCCGGAGGGCCAUCCUGCUGCAGAAGGGCUCCUCUUGCCUCCACACCAGCGGACUUCCAGAUGUGAGCCGGCCUGGCCCACAGCCACAGGCUUGACCUUGUUUUCCACCAUGAGCAGACAGCCUGUGGUUCCUGAGCUUGAGCCACGGACUUGUCACGCCGGGGUUUGGAGGGGGGACAGAGAGCAGCCUCACAGCAUUGCCGCCACAGUGGGAGCUCCACGAGCACUCCCCAGCCUGCAUCUGACUUGAGGACACAGGCCCGGAGAACUGGGAUGACAGGCCCCGUGCUGCGGUGUCAGGAGCUGAGCAAAACCACUGAGGCCCUGAGCCCCACGCCCAGCCCUGCCUGGGUCCCCCGACCCCUGGAACUUGGAGUCUGAGCCCACACCCAGCCCUGCCUGGGUCCCCGAGCUUCAGAGCUUGGAGGUGCUGCCCUGUGGAACUGGCUGGGAAGGCAGGUCUCCUAGCGUGUGGGGACCCUGGCCGCAGCUCCUGUGUUUCCUGGGGUGGGCAGGUGUCGUACGCCUCCCAGCCCCGCCCCUGCCAGCCACCAGGUGCAAAUGCAGCAGGAAUCAGCCUCCUGCUGGCCUGGGAGGACAUCUGGCCCAGCCCAGGUGGCUAGAAGGGCUGGUGGGCACCAGGGCUGGGAAGCCCUCCGCCUGCCCACCUGAGGGCUCCUGGAAGGCUCCCUGCCUGGCUGGCUGGGCUGGGUCUGUGGUCACCGCAGGGCCUUUUCUCACAGGGUGAUAGAGGCAACCUCAGUGUCCCUGUUAGAGCCACACUGGUCCCUCUGUGGGGGGCUGGAUGUGGCCCCCUGCUAUGUAUUUCCUUCCCAGGGAGUGGGGCCUCCCCAGGAGCUGACGCCACACCCCCUGCUUAGCCCUUACAGGGCCCCAAAGUGUCUGAGUGUGUCGGGUCUGAAUGUGUGAAAUAAAUAAAUCCAGCAUCGUCCCUGCCACCCGCCCGGACCAUUUCUAACAGCUUGGGCCUUUCGGGGCCCUGGGAUUGGGGUGCUGGGUGGAAGGAGAGGCAUGAAAAACAGCGGUUGCAGCCACCUGGGCCGACAGGAUAGGAAGUGCCUGCCUCACCAGGGCACCAGCCAUGCCUUCUUCCUCAUCCCCGCCCCUCAGCCUGCCUCGGGGGGGCCUCUGGCUGGUAGGUCUGGGGGUGAUGCCAAGGUGCUGCCAGUGGAGGUGGGGCAGGGGCGGUGCCGCGGGUACCUGAGCUGCGCUGAAGCAAGGAGGAAGCUCGGGGCCUCUGCGGUGGCACCAGGAACUCGGGGCGGGGCUCCUUCGCAGUGGCUCUGUGCUGAGUACCUGGAAGUGAUAAUAUUGUGGAUGUAUUAGGUCACAUGAAACAAACCGUUAGGA